AUGGAGGGCCAAACCAUCACUGAGCGGGCUGCAAGGGGCCUAAAAGGUGGUAUUGCCGCCGUUAUCAAUCUGGCAGGAUUUGUGUGGCCUGCAAGGAACAAGUCCAUUACGGGCGACGAGGAGGAAUCCACUCCUCCACCCCCAUAUCAAAUAUGGAAGGAUGGUAUUGUAACACUUUUGGAAGACGCCAAGCCAUUAUUCUUCAGCGACAUCCCUCCCGAACAAGCGGAAAUCGAAUUCGCCAGUCUCUUCAGAAAGCAAACAAUUAAGAGUUUCCGCACACUUCCGCAGUAUGUGGCAGCAGACUAUCAAUGCCCAAAGACAUAUGUUCUUUCUGAGAAUGAUAAGUCGGUACCCCCCGAAUGGCAAGAGAAAAUGGCAGAGUUGGGCAAACACGAUAUCAUCAGAGUGUCUUCGGGCCAUGCAUCCUUUCUCAGUAUCCCUGAAGAAAUUGUAGCAAUCAUCACAAGAGUUGCUGAAUCCUCUACUUGA